AUGUUGAAGGGUGGUUGGCCAUCAGGUGAUUUGAUGACCGAGAUAACAAUGGUUUUGCUCCGCGAAGGCCUUGGAUACCACGCAGUGGUGGACGACAGACUUGCCACCUAUGGCGCCUCCCCAAUCUGGGCCUUAGCUGGCUGUGAGAACUUUGACGAUGCCAGCAAGAGAAUUUGUGGAGAAACAGAAACCAAAAUUCAUGUGGCGGUAGACUCUUGGAUUGGAAGCUAUGCUAAAGAAUAUGAGGAAAUGAGGACAGCACACCAAUCGAUUCUUCCGGUGAUUUUGAGCAGCAUGGGCUAUGAUGGCGAGGAAACUUUGUAUGUUUCGGAAGCCACCUUUGCAGCUGGCUACGAAGAUGUGGGCCUGGCGCUUGACUUUCAUCGAAGCUACAACAGGAGCCAUCAUGAUCCAAAAAAGUAUUUCAGUUCCACGGACGACAUUCCACUCACAGAGCUGAGUCUGUGUAACGCAACUCAUAUGAGCAAUACUGAGCGCAUUAGUCAGUAUUUUCGAUACACGGGUGAUGCAGGGGGCGUUCGGCAGCAAGCAGAUGGCAGCUAUUUUGCUCACUGCCCGGAUGGUGUGUGGUGGCUAUCCCCAGCUUGUCGGGAAAACAUCUCUGGGUGCAUACCGACGCUCACCUCAUCGGUAGGCUGGAGGUUGCAAGCUAUGAUGCAUUGGUCAACAGUUUAUGGCAUGCCAACGGCAAUAGGAAUCAUAGGUGAUUUCAGCCUCUGGGUGCAGCGUGUCAAGAGGAUCUCGGCUUUGUUUUACUGGUGGGUUCCUGAUUCGACAUUUAGCGAUCUCCGGCCCCUGCAAAUUGUCUUCCCGCGCCACAGUCCAAGCGAGUGGGCCGCGGGGGACAAAAAGACCAGUGGAGCUGGAUCGUUUGUUGCCAAGAUGGUUUCAUCCAACUUGGCUUUCAAGGCUCGCCCAGUGCAGGAGUUUGUGUCGCAGAUUAAGAUGGAACUUCCAACGCUUCAGGCCUUGCUUCUGAGGACUCAGUCAGAGCCGGUAGAUGCCAUUGCAUGCCAAUGGGUGAAAGAGAACGAACAAACUUGGCAGAGAUGGCUUCCGUUUCAGACGAAGUGUUUCGAAGGCUUUGGAAUUGUUGACACCACAGGUGCCUACGUAUCAACCCGCAGCAAAGCUGCCUCUUGCGGAAUAUGCCAAUCCGGCACCUUCUCGGAUGAAUUGGAGGAUGAACAUGGAAAGACAUACCGGUGCGCUUCCUGCCCACCAGGAUCCAGCCAAUCUAAAGCCUCCUCUACUGCUUGUGAAGCAUGCCCAAAAGGCACAGCCACUCAUGAAUGGGGCAGUGAAGAAUGCACACCUUGUGAUGUGGGAAGUUUUCAGAACCUUCCUGGACAAAGCUUGUGCAGGCCAUGUGAGCAGCACCGAACAACCCGCUUGCUGGGGGCAACAAAGCAAGCAGAUUGCGUUUGUGAAGCAGAACGAAUUGAGGAAAACGGAGCUUGUAUUGUGUGCAUGAGAGGCAUGUCGUGCCCAAUUGGGGCCACUACCAAGCAGCUGCUGGUUGUGAACAGCACUUUUGUGGGUCAUCCUCAUCUUCAAGCCGGGUACAACAGUGAUCCUUCUGCACCGCUCUCAACAUACAAAUGCGUAGGCUCCAGAUGCCCUGGUGGUUCACCUGGAACUUGCACAGGGGGUCUUGUAGGGCCUACAUGUGGAGCUUGCCCUUCGCAACAGUUUGUCGGCAUCAAUGAGUGCAGAGAUUGUCAUUUAUUGAUAUCAGUCAUGUGGGUCGCCAGCUUCAUCCUCCUUCUGGCAGCGAACGUGUGCUCAUACCUCCUUGCAACAAGCAAGUACACCCACAAGGCCACUUCACUUCUUUGCAUCACCACCAGCUUGGGCAUGCUGUUUGUCUUGUUCCAGAAUGUAGGUGUGUUGCACACAAUGCCUAUCUCGUGGCCCAAUGGCUUGAGUGCCAUACUGCGCUUUGCAGCUCUCUUCUUGCUCAGCUUGCAGGGCCUCGGUCUAAGUUGCGUCACUGGCAGCAUUGCUUCGGAAUAUGUAGCUUCCACCGGCGUAUUUUGGUUGCUGCUGGUCACCUUGCCAGUGGUCUGCCUUAUCACCAAGAUGAUUCCUUACCUUGUUCGCCGUGAGAUGGAUUGGAACUUGCUGAAGGUCUGGAGCACGAUUGGACAGUUUUUCCAGGUUGGCUUCACCACAAUGGCCAGUUUGGGUGCUGCCCCUUUCGCCUGCUUCAAGCAUCCAAGUGGGCAGGAGAGCAUUUUGAACUAUCCGGGCAUUUUUUGUGGUUCAAACGAACAAAGAAUCAUGCAGAUCUUUGGUGGCCUGCUCUUGUUCUUAGCGACGUCUUUCUUCGUGCUUUGUUGCUUCGCUGCCGUGAAGGCACCCAGCUGGUCCGGCACCCCGAAGCUCAAUGCCGCCCGCUUCUUGGUGGUGCGAUUUCGUCCUGAUGUCUGGUGGUUUGGAUUGAUCUUGCUUGCGAGAGGGCCGUUCUUGUCUCUACCCGCCAUCGUGCUUACAGGUUUGCCAGGCUUUCACCUUGCCACAAUGGUGAUGGUGUUGCUUCUUUGUCUUUGCCUGCAGAUUUGGUUCUUGCCAUGGAAAGCGCCGAUUCUCAACCUGGUGGACGCGUUGUCGAAUGGCUUCUUCGUAUUGCUUUUGGCGGUCUCCUUAGCAUUCCUUGAGGUGGCGUCUGAGGAGGAAAGGCACCUCUUGGAAGGAACUGCAGUCGUAUUCUCCGUUGCUAUGGUGUCGGUGUUGGUCUUCAUGAUUCUGCUUACAGCUGCCGCAAUUGGGUGUACUUCUGGCAUGGGAAGUUCCCGAGAUUCUGUGGUCUUCAACCUUAGAAGUGUUCCUCAAGCCAGGGAAGUCUUUUGCGUCUUGACUGAUAUUGCCGCCUAUAUCCAAGAAGAGUCUGAGGAUAAAGAAGCAGAAAUGGUUGCCUGCUUGGAAGCUUUCUCUGUCUAUGACCUUGAUGCAGUCAUGCGAGCGAUGAACCUUUUAGCAGAUGAUCUUGAGAUGGUUGUGAAUAUGGACAAGACUUUCGGCACUCGUAUCAACAGUGGCACGCGGUCUGUCAGGCCGACAGAGAUGUUUUUGAAGCGUUUAUCCUCCAGGAAACACGCGAGCAAGCUUUCAAUAGCCUCAAGGACCUCCGGCUUGAGGGAAUCGACCGCAAGAAAGCGAGCUUCCAGGGCACCGCGAGAUCGUUCGGAGUUUCGCAGCUCAGAGUACACACUCUAUGCUCUGGAAAACAAGCUCAACGGCGAGGAGGAUGUUGACGGAGAUGACAGCACGAAGGAUGAUGUGGUGGAAGUUUGA